GGUUUGAAUCCUCUCCACAGUGCAGUUUGAAUAUUCUCCACAGAGCAGAGAGGAGCUGUGGGGCCAGCAUAUAACUGCCUGCUCUAGCCAGCCGACACAGGACCGUGAGUAUCUCACAGCCCAGCAAACCCUCCAUGAUCGGAAUUAACCCUUUCGCUGGUGUUAGUUCUCCUGCGGGGAGCUGCCUGGCUGCUGCUCAGGGAAACCUCGAACCCAGACCCUACGGAAGCCAGUAAGAGGAAACAGAACCAGGAUGAUUCUGCGACCUGGAAUUGAUUUGGCCAACGCCUGCUAAGGCCUAGUUGACCCUGGGGAUAAAAGCCGUGCCAAGGAUACCUUUGAAACAGUUCAUUCGAACACAACUUAGACCCAGCCUGGCUGGUCGGGGUAUUCAGGUAAAACUCACAAUCCAAUUAUAUUUGAAAGGAGUUUUUCCUGAUCACCCCACGUCACCAAACUGCGCCUGAGCUGUAAUCCAGUGAGCUGCUUUGAAGAUCUCCUUACGAAGGGCUCUGCCAGCGCUGCCAGACCCACUGUGAACAGGGCCAUAGUUACCGCUGGCUGCAGAAAGGUGAACAUGUCCCCCGUUUUGGAGUCCGCGAUUCUUUCGGAGAGAGAAGAGAUGUGGAAAGGGCUGUAUCGUGCUGAGAAGAUAAAGCCAAAUCCACUCCUGGCUUCCCAGGAAACCCAAAUGAAACCAAACGGAACAACUCAUGUGACCAUCCCACCAAAGGAUGGAGAGAGCAGCAAAAUCUAUCCUGCAGGUUUGCUCUCUAGGUUGAAAUUACAGGCACGUCCGAGCGUGGUUCUCAUUCUCAUCCUGAUCAUCACUAUCAUCAUCCUCAUCAUCGCCCUCAUCGCCCUGUCAGCAAAGAAAUCUGAGCCAUGUUCAGCUGGUCCUGCCUGCCCAGACGGCUGGAUUGGGUACCUAGGGAAGUGUUACUAUUUCUCAGAGACUGAAGGAAACUGGACCUACAGCCAGAACAACUGCUCUGCACUCGGUGCCUCCCUGGCUGUGAUUGACACCCAGCAGGAAAUGAAUUUCAUGAUGCACUAUAAAGACAUCCCCAACUAUUGGAUCGGCCUCUGGAGGGACCUGAACCAGCCCUGGAAAUGGGCCAGUGGCACCGAAUUCAGCAACUGGUUUACAAUUGCAGGAGGAGGAUCAUGUGCUUUUCUGAACAGCGGCGAUGUUUCCAGUUCAGGCUGUUCGAGGGACGCACGCUGGAUCUGCAGCAAACCCACGGAGAAACCAGAAGGCAGAGCAAAGUGACAGUGACCUGGAUGAGGCGGGGCUUUGUCCUUUUAACGGGGCUAUCCCAAGCUGCCUCAGCAAGUGGGGGACUUGAUGGGGCUGGUGAACGGGGACAGCCGCAGCAGCAAGGAAGAGAGACGCUCACUGAAAGAAGCGUAUAGCUCCUCCCCUUGGAGCCUCUGGCACUCAUUGGUCCCUUUGGGAAUGUGGGGUGCUCCAGGGAUUUAACAGGGAGACCAUAUAAUGUCGGUCUUUUUUGGCUCCAUUCCAGCAGCCCCACCCUGAAUUAAGGGUGAGACUCCAUGGCCCUCCCAGACUGAGGGCAGCCCCUGUGUUCAGGUUUAAUAACAUUUGGAGCCUGCCGCUUAAAAUCCAUCCUUGGGGCUAUGCUUACCUGGCUGCUAUGUCCUCAUCCAUGUUCCUUUUCCUGCCCGCAUGCAGCUACCCCCGGCCUGAGUGAACCCCUUGUAACCAGACAGCCAACACCCCAACAAUCGGACAGAUGGAACACCUAAUAGCCAUGGGACAGUCCAGGACGCAGCUGCCCUGUCCUUCAUGAGCAACAUGCUGUGACGGGCUGUGAUAUAAAGGCUCUGGCUCACUCUGUGCUACAAGGACAGGAAUCUUUUGACUUGGAAACUGGAAGGGGAGCAGCCAAACCUGCAGCGUCCCUCCUCUCAGAGCAGGAGCCGGAGAAGAGCAGUGGCUAGACUGUCUCUGGAGGUGUUGUGGCCCCUGCAGCCAUGGAGUGAAGGGGCCGGGGUGGCCCCGGCAAUCUGGGGGAAGGACUCAAACUCCUGCUGUAAGGCGAGAAGGGCUGGUUUGCAGGCCCUGCUGCGAGGGCUGCAGGAGCGUGAAGAGUGGACAAGAGGAUUGCUGGAAUGUGCUAGGAUAGACUGUGUGUGUGUGUGUGUGUGUGUGUGUGUGUGUGUGUGUGUGUGUGUGCAAAACUUUUAUAAUAAUAAAUUGGCUUCCAGAAGGGAAAUUUUUAUUUUGUAAA